AUGAAAAUUUUUAAAGCCGCCAGUCUUAUCUCCGCCGCUGCUGCUACCUGCUCCUGGAAACAGGACAAGAAGCCGAAUAGGUGUAACGACGUCUCCUACAAAAUGACCAAGACCAACACUUGGGUUUGCAAGGACUGCUUCAAUUACAGAAUCGAGUUCCAACUGCGCGAAUUGAACAUGAACUGGUGGUGGACCCACGACGACUUCAUGUACAUGACCUUCGACGAGCCCGUCACCUUCAUCACCGCUGCCCAUCCAGUCGACAACGUCGAACUCCACGACACCAAUUCCGCCGGCGACCAGAUUUACAAAAUCUCCUUCAAAGAUGGCUUCGUUCCUGGCGACGGUCGAAUUGACUUCAACAUCCAAUUCCGAGAAGACAACCUGACUUCGCACGCCACAGCCGGCCACGUCUGCCCCAACUGCUACGACCUUCCCAAAGAUGGAACCAUGUACGCUCAGUUCAUCGACCUCCGAGACAUCGUACUCAGCUCCGCAAAGAAGAGCCAAAUGAAUCACAAUAAAUAUAUUAACUUGAUGAACCGCGUCAACGGCUUCUUCACCUCCCACGACGAAAUCAUCAUCGACAGACCAGCUAUAGGCGGCUGCAGAUUGCCAUUUUGGCCCGGCAACUAUGGAACUGAUUCUUAUGAAACUUGGAAAGCGGCUAACAACGACGAACUUGAAAGACUUCGAACUAGCGACUCACUCGCUGAUACUUGCGCCAUGAUCGACCUGAUCGAAGAAUACGUUUUGGAAAUCGCCAAAAACGCCGCCUGCCUUGACAAGAUGCCAGACCGAAAGAAGGCGAAAUUUGCCGACAAAAUUCAAGAAAUCAGCUGGUCAAAGAGCCCAAAUUGCUAA